GCGUGUAUUAGAAAACAGCGGAGGAAGAAAAAGUAGCUCCUGGGUAUGAAAAAAGUGAGCAGACGCGGAGGGUCGAGUACAAAUCAGUAAGAAAAAACGCUAACAGACGUAGCCAAAUCACUGAACCUCGUCUGUGUCCGAGGUUUAAAAUGGUUUGAGCCUUUGUGCGCUGUCGUUUGUGAUUUGAGGAGGUCCAACUGCUAAGUUUGAAACUUUCAGUCGUUUGACUUUUGGCGAGUGGCGAAUCACCCGAAGGCGGCUGCGGAAGGAAAGCCAUGUCAUCAGAAGAGGAGAGAUACAAGCUGGUGGUGGUGGGCGGUGGUGGUGUGGGGAAAAGCGCACUGACCAUACAGUUCAUUCAGUCCUACUUUGUGUCAGACUACGACCCCACCAUCGAGGAUUCCUACACCAAGAUCUGCACCGUGGAUGGCAAGGAGACCCGAUUAGACAUUCUGGACACAGCAGGUCAAGAAGAGUUUGGAGCAAUGAGGGAACAGUAUAUGCGCUCAGGAGAGGGAUUUCUGCUGGUGUUCGCCCUCAAUGACAGUGGAAGUUACAAUGAAAUUCAGAAGUUUCACACUCAGAUUCUGCGAGUGAAGGACCGAGACGACUUUCCCAUGGUCCUCGUUGGCAACAAGUCGGAUCUGGACCAGCAGAGAGUGAUCUCAAAAGAAGAGGCCAUGGUGUUUGCCAGAGAAAACCGGAUCCACUAUAUGGAGUCGUCAGCUAAGAACCGCCACAAUGUGGACGAAGCUUUCCUGGAGGUGGUGCGAGCAAUAAGAAAGUUUCAGGAGACAGAAAGUCCUCCUGUGCUUCUGAAUCACGGUAGGAAGCAGCAGAAUCGCGGCUGUCCCUGCACCAUCCUCUGACUGCGUGUCCACACUGUCGCCAUGGAGACUGAAGCCCCACCCUCCUGUCUGGUGCCUUACAUGUCUGCACUGUGUGUGUGUGUGUGUGUGUGUGUGUGUGUGUGUGUGAGAAUGUGAGAGAUUCAGUGUCCAGAACUGCUUAUGGUGGCAUCGUAUGUGCCCAGUGCAAGUGAACAAAAGUGUGUGCGUGCAUGAAUGAAUGCUCUUAGUCAUAGUAGCGGGUGCGUACAUGGGAAGUGAUUCUCUUCGUGAGGGAGCACAGAGUCUAAUCUUAACGGUUUCCUUUCCUCAUCUGCACUUUUUUUUAAUCAACCACGUUUUAUCCUCUUUUUAAUUUUAUGCAGGUAUGAGGGCUUCGAUCAUUUCUGAGUCAGCAUUUCAAACGUUUCUCUUAGGUCUAUUUCUAUGCUUUUUCUGUACACGUCUGCUGAUACGUAAACAAAAUAUCAGUCAAAUUUAAACAUCUCUCUGAUACUGAUAUAUAUAUA